AUGGAAGUUAUCAAAGUCUUAAAUGAACUUUUAGAUCAAUUUAAUGGAUAUAUAAGAGUGGUUGAUCAGUUAUAUUGCUUAAAUACAAAUGAUACAAAUGAUGUUUAUAAUGAAAUUGAAGAAGUUUUAAUAAAUAAAUACAAAAUAAGCGUUAGUACUAUAUUAAGGAUGAUUAACAUGGCUUGUUCAAAUAAUCAACGUUAUACAAGAGGUUAUUGGAAUAUUUUCCAGAAAUUAAAAUCAAAAUUUAAUCCUAAGCUGCAAAAACAUUAUUUCUCGGGUAGAAUUGAAGCAUUAGCAAGUAAAGUUUACAACAUGAACUGGCGCCUCAAAUUCAAUAACUAUAGAGAUGAAGAACCAGAAGAAAUUUUAGAAGUUCACAAAAGCGAAACUGUUUUUUAUUCUAUUAUGAAUGAUGAUGUUCGGAUCCUCUCAGCAUUAGCAAAUUCGGAAACUUUCAACUUAGAUGAGAAGCUUGAAGGCAGAUCAUUAUUAGAAUGGUGCGCGUAUUACGGAUCAGAAGAUUGUUUUAAAUUUUUCAUUUCAAACUUUGGUGUCAAAAUCACAAAAAAGUGUCAAAAUUUGGGAUUCACUAGUCGGAAUUCUUCGAUCAUUAAAGAGUGUUUAAAAGCUUUUAAACCUGAUGAUGAUACUAUGAAGUCUGCAAUUGAAUCACAUAAUGUGGAUUUCGUGAUGUUUUUGAAGAAUAAUUUUGAUUUGAAAAUUAAUAUUUAUCAGUGUUCUGUUUACCAUAAUUUACAUGUUUUCUUGAUAAAUAUGCUUGAUUGCAAAGAAUAUAAUCAAAGUUUAGUUCAUUCUCCGAGGUUUGAUCUUCCUGGUUUAGUAACUUAUAUUUUAACUUUAGAUGGAAUUGAUGUGAAUUCCUUUGACGAAAAAGAGAAGAAUCAAACAGCUCUUCACAACGCAGCAAGAUGGAAUUGCUAUGAAAUUGCUGAUAUUCUUGUGAAAAAUGGUGCUAAUGUAGAACAAAGAGAUUCGUAUGGAAAUACAUCGCUUCACAUUGCUGCAACAUUUGAUAAUGCGAAACCAGCUUUGACGUUGAUUAAAAAUGGAGCUGAUAUAAACACAAAUGAUUUUUGUAAGUAUACACCACUUCAUUUGGCAUCAAAAAGUAAUAACAUAGAAACUGUGAAAGUUUUAAUUGAAAAUGGAGCGAAUCUAGAAAGUUUGAAUGAAAACGGAUUUACUCCACUUCAAAUCGCUGCAAUGUCAAACUGCUCUGAAAUUGAGAAGAUCUUGAUUGAUAAUGGAGCAGUAAACACUGUGAAGAAACUACAAGAAAAUAGUAAGAAAGAAAUCAGAAGAAUUCCGGUCGAAAUGAGAAGAUGUUACUUCAAAAAUAUUGUUCAAAAUAAAUAA